ACCAGUAGGUGGCGGACAUGCACCUUUAGCUUUGGUUUGCCAAGGGACAGAUGUUAACGUGCAUGCGGAUGACUGCAUGCUGUUUGUUUCGCGAGCACGACAAUUAAUAAACAGUCUCUGUUUACAUCCUUUCGUUAUCCAAACAGUGCAUGUUUGGAACAGCUGGUCACAGCAAAGAGCGACGCACACGCCUGCACGUUUGAAGAUGUCUGUAACGGAGAUGUUUAGCUAUAUCCAAGGAUUUUUGAGUGCCGAUCAAGAUAUUCGAGAGGACAUAAGAAAAGUUGUCCAAGUUCUUGAGCAGACAGCGAGAGAGAUCCUCACUGUUCUUCAAAGUGUCCAUCAACCCAGUGGUUUCAAAGACAUUCCCAGCAAGUCUCUAAAGGCCAGAGAGCUGUUCUGCACUGUAAGAAACCACACUGGAGAGCUGAAAACUAAGUUCCCUGUUGAACAGUACUAUCGGUAUCAUGAACACUGGAGAUUUGUUUUUCAACGACUUGCCUUCCUUGCUGCUUUUGUGGUGUACCUGGAAAGCGAGUCCUUGGUUACACGCGAGGACGUGGCAGAAAUACUUGGCAUUGAAGUCGACAGAGAAAAAGGGUUUCAUUUGGAUGUGGAAGACUAUCUAGCUGGAGUUCUUAUUUUGGCCAGUGAGCUGUCUAGGCUGGCAGUUAACAGCGUGACCGCAGGGGACUAUGUACGUCCGCUUAGGAUCUCAAACUUCAUCAAUGAACUUGACUCUGGCUUUCGGUUGCUCAACUUAAAAAAUGACCAUCUUCGCAAGCGCUACGAUGGGCUCAAGUACGAUCUGAAGAAGAUUGAGGAGGUGGUAUACGAUCUUUCCAUCCGAGGCCUUGCCAAGGAGCUGGAGGAGAUAAGUAGAGGUGACGUGGAAACAUAAGAGUCCGCGGGGCACUACCCUGGCUGGGAUUCUUCAUGACUGCAAGAGUGGUUAAAACCUGUCAGCGUUUAGGUGGUCGGAGGAAGAGGGGAUUGGAUGGAGGUUUUGAAGCCCCAGCAGCCUUGGGCAGUGUCUUUUAAACCACCUGCCCAUCAUGACAGAGAUCAGUUCAGGUUUUAGUGGGGAGAUCUUCUCUUUCUCACUUAUGUUGAGAGAUAUUUAUGCAUCAGAUGCAUUUGUUUGCCCGUUUUUUUGACUGGUUGCUUUUUUACUAUUAUUGAUGUGUUUUUAUCAGCUGUUCCUCUUGUGAAUCAUUGUACAGUCCACCAAGAAGGAAGAAAACAUUUCUGGGUGUUUUCAUAAAAAAUAUUUAAGAAUGCUGUUAAAAACUAAAGUUCUUUGCCUGUUUUGUUGCCUGGCUUGUUCAGUCGAGACAUCAAGACGUUUUCUUGAUGUUGAAUUACGGAAAUAUUAUAUUUGACAUAACCUAUGCGAAUUGAUUCAUUAAAUUUGUUUUUGUACCCAAACACCUUUCUUGAAUGUAACUAUGAUUAAAUCACAUUAUUAGUAUCUUGCUAAGGUAUACAUGAAGAUAAAAUGAAUAAAUCUAUGCCAAAACAUUUAAUUUCAUACUGCAAAUACAUAUGGAAUCUGUAAAUCAUCUAGUGGUUUUUUAAACCACUUGUUUGCUGUUGGUACAUAUUUAAACUUUCAUGUAUUUCUUUAAAAGGACUGUUUAUCCAAAAAUAAAAGUUAUCUUAUCAUUUACCCACCCCCAUGUUGCUCCAAACCUGUUUGACUUGCUUUCUUCUGGGGAACACAAUAUUUUUUUUUGUCCAUACAAUCAAAGUCAAAAUGAUUGUUUUGUAAUGCAUGGACUUUCAUUAUAUGGACAUAAACAGUGGAAACAUUCUUCAAAUUUUCUUCAUUUGUGAUGCACAGAAGAAAGUUACACUGGCUUGGAACGACAUGAGGAUGAGUAAAUGAUCACAAAAUGUUCAUUUUUGGAUAAAUGCAUGAGAUCAAAGUGAUUUCUUGCUUUGCUUAUUUGAUGUUUUAUACAUUUUUCGUUCAUGUUUCUUUCUUUUGUUCUGGAUCUUAUGUUGCGUGCUGAACUGUUGAACUUCACCUGCAGAUAGUGUCCUAUGGGGAAGAACUUUGGAAAAAGAACACUAAAACCUUCCUAACAAAUGUUUUCAAAGGAGAAAAUGAGAGUGCAUUUGCAUUUCUUUUUGUAAAGCUUUAUGGCAACUAUACGUUCCUCCCUAUUUUGUCUGAA